AGAGUGCCGUUCUGGCGGUUCUACGUGCAAAUACCCCGUACUCGAUCGCACGCCGCAACUCGCGUUGAACUUUACUCUGUUGGGAACACCUGCGAUAUGAUCGGGGGAGUUAGCAAAACUACUCAGCUAGAUGGGAGAUUCAAUGAGAGGUGUUCUGUUCUUGUGGGAGGACUCCUCGCAACAUGGAUAAAGCCCUCCUUCGGCUCUACAGAUUUCGUCAGCUCCACAACGAUCAGACACUCUCGCCUGUUCCGCCCCGAUUUUGUCUCUCUCAAAUUAAUCUGCGCCUCCCGAUCAGCCAAUUUUGGGCACCGUUCUCGAUAUCUUAUCCACUGUCCAGACAAACCUAAACGCGCUUGCCCUGGGCCAUACAAUCGCGUCAGAGCGUUGGACCUCACACGUAGACCUCAACAGAAUACAUCCCUCCCUCUCACGGUGUCUACCAUUCUCCGUCGUGCCACUUCAACUUUGUCAUGGGCGCUUACGCUGACGCGGUCGUUUUCGUGGCCAAUUAUACUAUCGAGACCGAGCAGGCAUCAUGCAAUCAACGCCACCGAUGCCGACCCCAUUUAUCACUCACAUUUGCCAUCAUCCGAGUUGACGCCACAUAAAUUUAUUACACCGGAGCAUGGUCCACGCAGUCUAUUAGUACGCAAAGUUCUCGUUGUACAGCGAGUAGUGGUCUAUUCUGUUGUUGCUCUCACUUUGCAUCGCAUCAGUUUACUUCCUGGCUGCCUUUGCGUAACGCGUACGGACCCGGUGACAAAUGGCUCCGCCGUCCUUGAUCCUCAUCAGCCAAGGGCUGAACCCCAUUUAGGCACGCAAAACAAUCGCUUGCCUUAGUAUCGUUCACGAUCGUCAGAAAUAUCUCCCAUUGAUCCGCAAACUCGAUGAAGUAUCUAAUUCGAUGCGAAACACAACCGCAUGGAACGCUUGUCAUUGGUUCGUUCCUCGCGUCCUACGGCGACCAAUUUAUUUUUUGGUUGUUACUUGUUGAUUGCUUCGUUGGGGC